UGUGGCCCUGGAGCUGCUGUCCUCCCAGGAUGGGUUUCUUGGCUCUGGUCCUGGGUUCCCUGGCCGCUUGCACAGUUUGGGGGCACCCACCUUCGCCCCCUGUGGUGGACACCAUGCAGGGCCAGGUCCUGGGGGAGUAUGUCAGCCUAGAAGGCUUUGCACAGCCCGUGGCCGUUUUCCUGGGAGUCCCCUUUGCCAAGCCGCCGCUCGGACCCCUGAGGUUUGCUCCUCCACAGCCUGCAGAGCCAUGGACCUUCGUGAAGAACACCACCUCCUACCCUCCUAUGUGCUCCCAAGAUGCCAUGUCAGCCCAGGUUCUCUCAGAACUCUUUUCCAUCAGAAAGGAGAACAUUCCUCUCAAGUUCUCUGAAGACUGCCUUUACCUAAACAUUUACACUCCCGCAGACUUGAGGAGGAAGAGCAGGCUGCCGGUGAUGGUGUGGAUCCAUGGAGGUGCUCUGGUGGUAGGCGGGGCAUCAACCUAUGAUGGGCUGGCCCUCUCUGCCCAUGAAAACGUGGUGGUGGUGAUCAUUCAGUACCGCCUGGGCAUCUGGGGAUUCUUCAGCACAGGGGAUGAACACAGCCGGGGCAACUGGGGUCACUUAGACCAGCUGGCUGCGCUGCGCUGGGUCCAGGAGAACAUUGCCAACUUCGGAGGGGACCCAGGCUCCGUGACCAUCUUCGGAGAGUCUGCGGGAGGUGAAAGUGUCUCUGUUCUUGUGUUAUCUCCCCUGGCCAAGAAUCUCUUCCACCGGGCCAUCUCUGAGAGUGGUGUGUCCCUCACCUCUGGCCUGGUCAAGAAAGACAUCAAAGCCACAGCUCAGCAAAUCGCUACCUUUGCCGGCUGUCAAACCACCACCUCGGCGGUCAUGGUGCACUGCCUGCGCCAGAAGUCGGAGGAGGAGCUCCUGGAGACUUCGCUGAAGAUGAAGGACGUGGAUGUGAGCGGGGAGGGCAGCAUGGACACUGUUAUGUCCUCUUCCCAGAGCCAGCCCUUCCUGUCCUCUGUGGUUGAUGGAGUGCUGCUGCCGAAGAUGCCGGAGGAGCUUCUGGCUGAAAAGCAGCUCAACUCCGUUCCGUACAUGGUCGGAAUCAACCAGCAAGAGUUCGGCUGGAUUCUUCCAAUGAUGAUGGGUUACCCGAUCUCUGAAGGCAAGCUGGACCAGAAGACAGCCUCGUCACUCUUAUGGCAGUCCUACUCCUUCACUAACAUCCCUGAGGCACUGAUCCCAGCGGUCAUUGAGAAGUAUUUAGGAGGGACAGACGACCCUGUCAAAAAGCAAGACCGGUUCUUGGAUUUGCUGGGAGAUCUGGCAUUUGGUGUCCCAGCUGUGACUGUGGCACGUGGCCACAGAGAUGCCGGCGCCCCCACCUACAUGUAUGAGUUUCGGUAUCGCCCAAGCUUCUCGGCAGUCACGAGGCCCGAGACGGUGAUAGGGGACCACGGGGAUGAAAUCUUCUCAGUCUUCGGGGCUCCAUUUUUAAAAGACGGGGCCUCCGAAGAGGAGAUCAAACUCAGCAAGAUGAUGAUGAAAUUCUGGGCCAACUUCGCUAGGAAUGGGAACCCCAACGGGGAGGGGCUGCCCCAUUGGCCUGUGUAUGACCAGAAGGAAGGGUACCUGCAGAUUGGGGUCACCACCCAGGCUGCCCAGAAGCUGAAAGAUGAGGAAGUGGCGUUCUUCACCGAGCUCCUUGCCCAGGACACAGCCAGGACGUCACCCCAAACAGAGCGUAUUGAGCUGUGAAGGGGAGGCCCAUCCAGCCUCCACGAUCUGGGGGAACUUAGGGGUAAUUCUACAGAAGGUGUUUAUGGCCAAAAAGGUACCUUAGUGUCUGGUGGGAGUGGACAGAGACCACGAAGGGGGAGCUUCUACACCUGUAGCCUUAAUUUUGGAAAUAAUGUUCUUUCGGUGACCAA